AUGCAGAACGACAGGCCGUUCGGCGGCAAGCCAUUCAUCAUUGGAGGCGAUUUUCGGCAAGUAUUACCAGUAGUUGAGCACGGACAACGCGACGACUUCCUAAAUUCGUGCGUAACGAAUUCUGUUCUUUGGUCACUAUUCAAGAUUCAUCGGCUUCAAGUCAACAUGAGAACUCGAGAAGCUGAACUUGGAUGGGCUAAUUUCCUUUUGGAGGUAGGUAAUGGUACGGCCAACGAUAACGAAGGACGAAUUCAGAUUUUGGAGGAGUUCCGGUGUCAGAGGAGUAUUGUCACGGAAAUUUUUGACGAGACAAUUGAUCCAAAUGAUACUAACCUUUGUGAACGGGCUAUUCUGGCUCCCAUGAAUCUGAAUGUCAGGCAGCUAAAUAAUGAGGCUUUGGAACGGCUAUGCACAUUCUGUCAGCAAGAUGAGCGCGUCUACAAAAGCGUUGACGAGGCUCUGUAUUAUGAAGGAAGCUCGGAUGAGUUGUACCCAGUGGAGUACCUAAACACGUUGGAACCACUGGAAUGCCACCUCAUGAGCUACGUCUGA